GCCGCUGAAGCGCAUGCGCAGUGGACCUCCCGGAGCGCUUUUUUCUUUGCUCCUCCGUCCGGCUCGUCUGCGCGAUGUCUCCGGCGCUUUCCAAGCCCGAAUCGGGGCCGCUGCCCCAGAAGCUGCUAGCGCGCUACUUGCUCCUGCUGCGCCUCUACCCGGUGCUCACGAAAGCCGUCUCCAGUGCGGUCCUCUCGGCCCUUGGGAGUUUCCUGGCUCAGAUCAUCGAGAAGAACCAGAAGAAAAGAGGUCUGGAUUUGGCUGGUCCUUUGAGGUUCUUCAUCUAUGGGUUUUUCCUCACUGGGCCAUUGAGCCACUAUUUCUACCUCUAUUUGGAGCGAUGGUUCCCAUCGGAUGUGCCUGUUUCCAUCGCCAAGAGACUCCUGCUGGACCGGCUUGUGGUUGCCCCGGCCUUCCUAGUGCUUUACUACUUCGUCAUGAACCUGCUGGAGGGGAAGGAUACCUCUGCUUUCGUCAAAAGGAUGAAAUCCAGCUACUGGACAUCCCUCAAGAUGAACUGGAAGGUGUGGACGCCGGUCCAGUUUAUCAAUCUGAACUACGUGCCUAUGCAGUUCCAGGUGCUGUUUGGGAACCUGGUGGCCCUCUUCUGGUUUGCCUACCUGGCCUCUGUGAAGAAGUGACCCUGCAGGAGCUGACGGUUGAAGAGGAAGCUGCCCUCCAUGCUUGAUAAAGUUGCCUGCCGGGGCAGGCAGCGGAGGACGAGGGACUGUGCUUAGAGAACUGAUUUGCUGCCUGCCGUUGCAGAGUUACUGUCCGACACUCUUCUGCUCCUUGAGGAAAGCAGGGAUGGGAAGGGGAUGAGCUGUGCCAUCUUCUAGCUGGGUCCUUCUGGGCCCUGUCUCUUUAACAAUCACAUCUGGUACACUACAUUUAUUCAUUUUGUUUCUCAUUUCUUAACGUUUAGUUUUUCUGGGGGGGACAGACAGCAGGCAAUAACUCUUUUUU